AUGGCAGAAAAACAACCUUCAACCGUAAAGGAAGUGGUGAAGAUCCUAGCCGAGGUUUCUACUAAGCUGGAUGAUAUGAACACCAAACUAAGCCAUGAAAUUAAUACCAUGAACACAAAAUUAGGGACAGAACUGGAGAGCGAUGCUCUAAAAGUUGAAAACAAGCUGCUUGCUGACGGGCUUUGUACGGUAAAAAAGGAGCUUCUUGACCUCCAACAAUACAGUCGAACAAAUAAUUUGGAAAUCAAGGGACUCCCACAGAACCCAAACGAAGACCUUGAGACUCUCGUCGCUAAGCUCGCUGGUUGUGCAGGGGUUCAGGUGUGCCCCGCUGACAUUGAUGUUGUGCAUCGUGUACCUUCGAAAACCCAGGGGGUACAAAAUGUGAUUGUAAAGUUUGUGCGACGUAGUGUCAGAGAUGAAGUCUUGUCAAAGACAAAAAAAAAACAAAAACGAAGGCUUACGAGCGCUGACCUUGGUUUUGAGACCUCUGUGCCAGUUUAUAUAAACGAACAUUUAUGUCUCGAAAACAAAAUCUUGUUGAGCAAAGCGAUCCGGUGCAAAAAGGAAAAGGGAUGGAAGUUUGCCUGGGUGUCCCAGAGCAGAAUUUUCAUGCGAAAAAAUGAGACUAGCGACGUCAUUUUGAUAACCAGUGAAGACGACCUUUCCAAGAUUGCGUAGACGGAAAUUAGUUUUUGAUUUUGU